UUCAGCUCUGGAUCGUUGUGUCAGGACCGGAGUGACUGGAACGGGAGGUCCCGGAGGAGGCGCUGUCCCCGAGGCACAGAGGUGGAUCUGAAGUUCGGUGACGGCGCCCGGGGUGCCCGGCGCCAGGCCCGGGAGACGGACCGCCAUGCCCGCGUCCCCCAGACUCUCCCGCCGCUCCCGGCCCCGCUCCGCCCAGAGUCCGAUGGCGGCAGCGGCGGCGGGGGCGACGUUGAGGGACCCGCCUCAGGUCAGUGUGAACUUUGAAGAUGUAGCUGUGACCUUUUCCUGGGAGGAAUGGGGUCUCCUUGAUGAGGCUCAAAGAUACCUGUACCGUGAUGUGAUGCUGGAGAACUUGGCACUUAUAACCUCCCUGGGUUGUUGCCAUGAAGUGGAGAAUAAGAAGGCUUCUUUUGAGCAGCGUAUUUCUGUUCAAAGAGUGUCACAGAUCAGGAGUCCCAAGGCAAAUCCAUCCUUCAAAAAGGCCCACCCUUGUGAAAUAUGUGUCCAGAUAUUGAGAGACUUUUUGUACUUGGAUGAAUAUCAAGGAACACAUUCAAAGCAGAAAUUACAUAGUUGUGGGACAUGUGGGAAACAAUUGUAUGUAAGCACAAACCUUCAUCAACAUCAGAAGCAGUGCAUCAGGGAGAAACCCUUCAGAAGAGAUGUGGACAGAGCCUCCUUUGUGAAGAACUGCAAGUGCCAUGUGUCAGGGAAGCCAUUAGUCUUCAGGGUGGUUGGGAAGGACUUCUUGGCCAGUUCUCAAUUUCUCCAGCAAUGGGCCACUCACACCUGGGAGAGGUCAAACAGCAGAACCGAGUGUGGGGUGGCCUUUCAGAGGGGAAAAACUUAUCAUAACUGGGAAGAAUGCACAAAAGCUUUCAGCCCCAAACACACACUUGUUUGGCACCAGAGACUCCUCACUAGAGAAAGAUGUUUUAUGUGUAAUCAGUGUGAGAGAAGCUGUAACCUCAGUCAACAUCAGAAAGUUUACAAUGGAGAAAGAACUUUUGAACCUGGGGAACAUGGGAUAUUAUUUAACAGAAAGUCCAACCUCAUUGAACACCAGAGAAGUAACACUAGAGAUAGGCCUUAUGAAUGUACAGAAUGUGGGAAAUCAUUUACUCAGUGCUCCAACCUCUUUACACACAAGAGAGUUCACAUGAAACAAAAGCCAUAUGAAUGUGAUGAAUAUGCAAAAUCGUCUAGCCAAAGCUCUACCCUCCUUCAACAUCGGAGAAUUCACACUUGGGAAAGGCCUUAUGAGUGCAAUGAAUGUGGUAGAACUUUUACGCAAAACUCUCUGCUCCUUCAGCAUCAGAGACUUCACAGUGGAUCAAAGCCUUAUGAGUGCACUGAAUGUGGAAAAUCCUUUGCUGUAAACUCCAGACUCAUUAAACAUAGGAGAGUUCAUACUAGAGAAAGGCCUUAUAAAUGCAGUGAAUGUGGAAAAGCAUUUUGCCAAAGCUCUUCACUCCUCCAACAUCAGAGAGUUCACACUGGAGAAAGGCCUUAUGAGUGUGGGGAGUGUGGAAAAUCAUUUAGGCAGAAGCCCAACCUUAUUCAACAUUGGAGAGUCCAUACUAGAGAAAGACCUUAUAAGUGUGGGAAAUGUGGGAAAUUACUUAGCAACAAGUCCCAUCUCAUUGAACACCAGAGAGUUCACACUGGAGAAAGGCCAUAUGAGUGUGGGGAAUGUAGGAAAUUCUUUAGCAAGAAAUCCCACCUCAUUAUACAUCAGAGAGUUCACACCAGGGAAAGGCCAUAUAAAUGCAACGAAUGCGGGAAAUCAUUUAGCCAAAACUCUGCACUCCUUCAACAUCAGAGAAUUCACACUGGAGAAAGGCCUUAUGAGUGCAGCAAAUGUGGGAAAACUUUUAAUCAAAGCUCUGCUCUUCAUCAACAUCAGAGACUUCACACUGGUUCAAGGCCUUAUGAGUGCACUGAAUGUGGGAAAUCCUUUGCUGAUAAUUCAACCUUUAUUAAACACAGGAGAAUUCACACUGGAGAAAGGCCUUAUGAGUGCAGUGAGUGUGGGAAAGCAUUUGCCCAAAGUUCUUCAGUCCUUCGACAUCAGAGAGUUCAUUGGAGAAAAGUCUUAUAAGUAAAGAAAAUUUGGGAAGUUGGUUAGCCCAAGCUCUGUUUUUCAACAUCAGAGAACUCACACUAGAUCAAAGCCAUAUGAGUGCUGUGAAUGUGGGAAAUCCUUUGCUAAAAACUCCAGGUUCAUUAAACACAGGAGUGUUCACACUGCAGAAAGUCCUUAUGUUGUAGGAAAUGUUGGAAAUCCUUUACCUAAAACUCCAGUCUCAUAGAACACCAUAAUGUUCACAUUGGUUAAUGGGCUUAUGGAUGUGAUAAGUGUGGGAAACAUUUAGCCAAAACUGUAGCCUCAUUUCAUACUGGAGAGUUCACAGCCUUCAGUCUUAUUUCAUUGGAUACCGCAAAGUUCACUUCAGAAAAAGAGUAGUUGUCCAGGGAUGGAUUGUUCAGUAUAACACUGGGGAGAUCCCUUAUGAGGGUGCUAUCUGCCAAUACACCCAAUAAACCACUUAAAUUCCAGGUUUAUGGGAGCUUCAGUGCAUUUCUUAACCUGCCCAGGGCCCUUACCAGAUUUACAUCAUUGCCAGUUCCAUAGCAAAAGCCAUUUCACUACUACCAUGUGGCAGGUGUUCAUGAUGUGCAUCAUUGAACCACCCCAGCGAGUCCAGGGAAGGAGACCUUGAUGUUGUCCUGUUUGUGAGAGCCUUUAUAAUCCUGAGCACUCAUUCCUUUCUAAUUCGUUUGAUGGGUUACAUCACUGAUCUGACCAAUUUUUGGCCUAGAGGACUCUGCUGGUGACUUACAACCGGGACUACUUUUUUCAGGGAUGUUGUUGGUCUCACAUGACUGCUGUGUUGGGAUUUUCCUGUGCUUCAUGUCUCCAGCCCAGGAACAGCCUGCUUCCCACUGUACUGGUUUGUGUGAAAAUGGAGGCCUUACUCUUUAAGCUCCUUUAAUCUUGGGAUUCUGUACACUGUGGUGAUUUGAAAACAACUGAGUUGUGACAACAGGGCUAAAGAGCUUUCUUGUGGGAUCCCAAAUUCUGUGCACCUCAGAGGGAACAAUAUGAUGUAGAGUAUACUUCUCUCUAGUUUUGUCCUAGUUGGCAUUGCUGCCCAAGGCCUCCAAGAAAAGACUGCAGGGAUGUGAUCCUUAUUUGUAACCUGGAUGUGUUGGUAUUUUGUUGGUUCAGAGGUCAAUCUGUAGAGGGGCUGUUGUGAUAACCUUUGGUGCUUCUUAAAGCAGGAAGAAAUUGUCUUGUUCACGGGGAGUAUUGCAUUGUGUCCAGGUGGUAAGGGAAAUCUUUCCCAGGUCUUGCAUUGGAGCCAUGUACCCUCAUGUCCAGAAUUCCAGAUAGUGGCAGCAUAGGUUAUAUGAUUGUACAGGCAGGGGAAUCAUUUGUUACAGGAACACUGGUAUUGUAGGGAGGGGAAGAGACUGCCACAAGCUUGUUGGAAUGUGGCUGUUUUGAAGGGAUCUCCACAAUGUUCCAGUCCCUAUAGCUAUGAAGGAUGAGCAGGUGCAGAAAUUCUCAUGGCCUCCAGAACUGUGUAUCUUGUGUAGGGAGGCUGUUGUGAGAGGAAAAAAUUAUAAAUGUUCUGUGGAUUCCUGUAGCAUGUGUGCGUGUUCACCUCAAAUCUCUUGCUGUGUAGGAAAAUGAGGAUAGUGAAGACGAGUUGUGCCCUUUGUAACCCAGCCUGCAUUCCCAUUGAAUUUGGUGGAAAUUGCCUUUUUGCUUCUGAUAUUUGCCACCACUAAGGCAAGGUAUCCCUCCCAGACAUGAGGAAGGAGUUGGUGGAGUCAGUAGAGGUUUGCCAAACUAAUUUUCCAGAAUUGUAGGAAAUCUAGCUUUCUGUUUUGAAUCAUAUUUUCAGAGCUUUAGUAAGGUAUAAGUGACAUACAACAAACUGAUUAUAUUUAAACUUAACGUUUUGACAAGUUUUGACAUUCAUGUAAAUCCAUAAAACCACCACCACAAUCAUAAUAAUGAGCCUCUCCAUCAUCCUCUGGUUUACUGCAUGCCCUUUAAUAAUGUUUCUUUCUGUACUAUCUCUGCUCUCCAGGCAAGCAUUGGUUUACUUUCCAUUAUAAUAGGUUAGCUUCCAUUUUAGAAUUGUAUGAUUCUACUCAUAAAGUGUUUAUACUUUUUUUCCUUUGAGUAGCCUCAUGUGGCUUACUCAUUUUGAUAGUCAUCAAUGGUGCUUAAAUGAGUAGUUUUUUUUUUUUUUUUUUUUUGGUAUUGCUUAGAAGUAUGACAGUUUGUGGGUCACCACUAUUUGUUUAUUCUUUUGUCUUUUUAUGCAUAUUUGAGUUCUUUCCAGUUUCUGAUGUUGCAAAUAAACCUGCUAAGAUAUUUGAAUCUAGUUCUUCGCAUACAUAUGUUUCAUUUAUCUUGUGUUAAUUUGGUGGGGUGGGGUGGGGGGUGGGGGCGGGUGCAAUGCCUGAGUUACAGGGUAAGUGGGUAGAUAACUUUUUAAGAAAUUGCAAAUUGUGAUCUUUGGUAUUCCUGCCAGCAGUGUAUGAGACAUACAGUUUUUCCAUAUCCUUGCCAGUAGUGGGUAUGGUUAGUCUUUUAAAAUGUUGACCUUUUUAAUAAGUAUGUAACUGUAUCCCAUUAUGGUUUAGUUGCCUUUCCCUGAUGUUGCAUGAUGUUGAGCAUUUUUUCAUUUGUUUACAGGCAUACCUCAGAAAUAUGAUGAGUUGGGUUUUAGACCACUGCAGUAAAGCCAGUAUCACAAUAAAGCAAGUCACAUGAAGUUUUUGGUUUUCUAGCGCAUGUAAAAGUAAUGUUUACGCUAUACUGUAGUCUGUUAGGUGUGCAAUAGCAUUAUGUCUAAAAAAAAUACAUACCUUAAUUUUAAAAUACUUUAUUGCUUAGAAUGUUGACUAUCAUCUGAGCCUUCAGCUAGUUGUAAGGUUUUUGCAGUAGUAACAUCAGAGAUCACAGAUCACCAUAAGAAAUAUAAUAAUGAUGAUAAUGUUUGCAGUAUUACAAGAAUUACCAAGAUGUGACACAGACGUGAAGCAAGCAAAUGCUGUUGGAAAUAUGGCACCAGUAGACUUGCUCAAUAUAGAGUUGCCAGAAACCUUCAAUUAAAAACAAACAAACAAACAAACAUCUGCAAAGUGCAGUAAAGCGGAGUGCAAUAAAACAAAGUAUGCCUGUAUUUGCCAGUUGUAUGUUGGUUUUGGUAAAAUAUCUGUGCAUAUCUAUUGCUUGUUUUUUAAAAUGAAUUUUGGGGAAUUUCCUGGUG